AUGGCCACGAAACUACAGGUCCCGCCAUCUUCGUCCAUCGUCAACGUCUCGGUCAUCGACAGCACCGCUCGCCUCCACAACCUCUCCUACUACGUCGCCAUGACUCCUCUCUACCCGGGCUACGAACGCAGCUCCGUGCCCUGCUACGUCUUCCUGAUCCAUCACCCGGCGACAAACACCCGGCUGCUAUACGACCUGGCCCUGCGCAAGAAUUUCCGCACCCACCUGAACCCGCACCUGGUCAAGAAGAUGGCGCCGCUGCAGAUGGAGUUCAGGGUCGAGAAGGACACGGCCGAGAUUCUGCAAGAGAACGGCCUCGACCUGCGGGACAUCGACGCCAUUAUCCUGUCGCAUCAUCACUUCGACCACGUCGGGGACACGACCAAGUUCCCUGCCACGACGAAACUGCUCGUCGGCCCCGGUACCAAGGCGACGUACUGGCCGGGGUAUCCUGAGGACCCCGACAAUCAGGAUUCGACCGCGGACACGUACGCCGGGCGCGAGGUGGUGGAGCUGGCGUUCGAGCAGAGCGAUCCCCGGGUCUGCGAGAUCGGCGGCUUCAAGGCGUGGGACUAUUUCGGCGACGGCAGCUUCUACGUCCUCCACACGCCGGGCCACACCGCAAACCAUCUCUCCGCGCUGGCGAGGACGACAACGGCGGCGGCGGCGGCGGCGGCCACGGGCGGUGAGAGCUCAACCUUCAUCCUCAUGGCCGGCGACCUCGUGCACAGCUGCAUGUGCUUCCGCCCGUCGACGCGGUAUCCGCUUCCCGAAACCAUCGUCCUAGAAUCAACCAGCUCCUCAGAAAGCACUAUUACCGCACCGCCCUCGUCCUCCCGGCCCCAUUCCCCGUCUUCGCACGGGACAGAGCCCCUGGCACGCCGCCACCGACUCUACCAGCCCCCGCCCCCGCCCCCGUCACCAUCGUCAUUACCGCCUUCGACCUGCACUACGAGUGAAGACUCCCGCACCCAGCCGUUCUGCCUGAUCGCCGGCGCCGUCGAAGAAGACGCCGCGCUCUCGCAGGCCAACGCGGGCGUGCUCGCGGACUGUUUCGACACCGACGAGGACGUCCUGGUCAUCUACGCGCACGACGACAGUCUGCUGGACGGCGUGCUCGAGUUCUUCCCCCGCAGCGAUGCCAACGCGUGGAAGGAGAAGGGGUGGGGCAGGAAGGGUCAUUGGCGGUUUCUGGGCAGGAUGGUGCGCGCGCUCAACAACCCUGGUGAGGGCGAGGAUGAGCGCACGCAAAAAGGAGAGGGCCAGUGUGUCGUCCCCGAGGAUAUUUCUUGA